UGUUUGGAAUAAUAACUGGACAAAUGAAUGAGACAGUCAUAAUUCAACUGGAAGAUUGCCCUGACACCGAUGUAAUCGACAUUGUCCAUCUGCUUCAAAGACCAAAUACACUUUCUGAAGAUGAGCGUGCAAAAGUGAAUGACCUGGCUGUCAGUUGGGAUCUGCCUCGGGUCACUGUGGAAAACAGACUGUGGCUAGCCCAAAGCCGCCUUCACCAUGAGGUCAUUGGCCGGCGGGAGAAACAGAUGCAGCAGUUGAAAAAAGGACUGAAGGAUACUGGAGUUUUGCGCAUGGUUAAAGAACGAUCUUCUCUCAUUGAAGUCCUAUUUCCACGAUCAUCUUCCCUGACAAUUGUUGCACAGAUGAUCCUGGAAAAAGUAAUAUGGCCAAACCCUGACAGUGAUGAUGAGGAGAACUUCAAUCUGGAAACAUGCUGCAGAAUCACAUCCUAUUUACGGCAAUACAUUGAACAAGGUACACCACAAGAGCUGAAAAAUCUUGUUGAGUUUUGGGUUGGCUGGACAAGCCUACCACAGGAACUGUACGUGGAAGUGUCACCUGACGUCAGAAUGCCAACUGCCUCAACAUGCAGGGAGACACUUAAAAUCCCACUGCAUUACAGUGGUUAUGAAGAAUUCUGCGCUGAUAUAAAUGCAGCUGUGUCCAGCAACAGCUUUGGUUUUGGUUUAGUUUAAAAUGAAUAUUUCGUAAACCCUCAUGUUGUCUUAGGGUUCUGUUUGGAAUUUUGAGACUUUUGUUACAUUAUUUGUCUAAACGCAUAAUAAACCUAGGUUUG